GCCGCGCUUUCCGCCCGGCGUCUCGGCUCAGCGGCGCACCGGCGUGCGGCAUGUCACGGCGACGGCACAGCGACGAGAACGAUGGGGGACAGCCUCACAAAAGGAGAAAGACCUCUGAUGCAAAUGAAACUGAAGAUCAUUUGGAAUCUUUAAUAUGCAAAGUAGGAGAAAAGAGUGCCUGCUCUUUGGAGAGCAACCUAGAAGGCUUGGCUGGCGUUUUGGAAGCUGAUCUUCCUAACUAUAAGAGCAAGAUCUUAAGGCUUCUUUGUACAGUUGCACGUCUGUUACCUGAGAAGUUGACAAUUUAUACAACAUUAGUUGGACUACUAAAUGCCAGGAAUUACAACUUCGGUGGAGAAUUUGUAGAAGCCAUGAUUCGUCAACUUAAAGAAUCGUUGAAAGCAAACAAUUAUAAUGAAGCUGUAUAUUUGGUCCGUUUUUUAUCUGAUCUUGUGAAUUGUCACGUCAUUGCUGCCCCAUCAAUGGUUGCUAUGUUUGAAAAUUUUGUAAGUGUAACUCAGGAAGAAGAUGUGCCUCAGGUGCGCCGGGAUUGGUACUUGUAUGCAUUUCUAUCAUCUUUGCCCUGGGUUGGAAAGGAGUUGUAUGAAAAGAAAGAUGCAGAGAUGGACCGAAUCUUUGCCAACACUGAAAGCUAUCUUAAAAGACGGCAGAAGACUCAUGUGCCCAUGUUACAAGUAUGGACUGCAGAGAAACCGCAUCCACAAGAAGAGUAUUUAGAUUGCCUCUGGGCCCAGAUUCAGAAAUUGAAAAAGGAUCGCUGGCAGGAGCGGCACAUCCUAAGACCUUAUCUUGCCUUUGACAGCAUCCUGUGUGAAGCACUGCAGCACAACCUGCCUCCUUUCACACCACCUCCUCACACUGAAGAUUCGGUGUACCCGAUGCCAAGGGUCAUCUUCAGAAUGUUUGAUUACACGGAUGAUCCUGAG